UAUGUGUCUCUCUUUAUGCGUCUGUGUCUGAGUUCCUGCCACUGUGUGGGUGUGUGUCGCUGUGUGUGUGCGUGUGUGUCGGUGGCUAUUCAAAAUUACCACAAUUAGAAAGCCCGAAAUCGAAAAAUCUGCCAAAAUUCAAUCAUUUUUUUGAAGUGCUUGUGGUGCAAUAGUAACCAAACAAAAGUCCAGGAAAGUCUCUAUAAAACAAAAUUGUACUUGGUGCUGGCGAAAAAUAAACACAAUACUCCGAAAAAGAAAUUGACCAAAUGAGCUGACAAUGAUCGGAUUGAAAGCGUCGACUCUUUGAGGCAGCCAUUGAAAUCAAACCGAAAACCCACGAAACCCGCCGGCAACUGAAUCCACUGAAUACUGGCAGCCAAAGAGAGGCCCUGAAAUACCUUGUGCCCAGCCUAGCAGCUGCAAUAAUGCACAUUUCUGCUGAGGUCAGUUCGACCACCUCAAAUCAAAUACAGCAGCAGCAGCAACACCAGCUGCAGCAGCAGCAACAGCAGACUGCAACAACGACCACAACGAAGCGGCGAAAUGCAGAGUCCUCCUCCGCCAGCAACAACAACAACAACACCAGCACCACCAACAACAACAGCAGCGGCGCUAACAACAACAACAGCACCACCACGAACAACAACAACAAUAAUAAUAAUGUUAAAACAAAGCCCGUGGACACGAGUCCCUACCUGACCCCCGAGAACCUCAUCGAGCGCACCGUCGACGUCCUGCUCGCCGAGCAUCCUGGAGAACUGGUCAAGACGGGGUCACCACACGUGGUCUGCACCACUUUGCCCACGCACUGGCGCUCGAAUAAGACGCUGCCGAUCGCCUUCAAGGUUCUGGCCUUGGGCGAGGUCAUGGAUGGCACCAUAGUGACCAUCAGGGCCGGAAACGAUGAGAACUUCUGCGGCGAACUGAGAAACUGCACGGCCGUGAUGAAGAACCAGGUGGCCAAGUUCAACGAUCUGCGGUUCGUGGGCAGGAGCGGAAGAGGGAAGAGCUUCACCCUGACGAUUGUCAUCUCGACAAACCCCAUCCAGAUAGCCACCUACACGAAGGCCAUCAAGGUGACCGUGGACGGGCCGCGGGAGCCCAGAUCCAAGGUGCGACACCAGGGAUUCCAUCCGUUCGCCUUCGGGCCACAACGUUUUGGACCGGAUCCACUUAUGGCCGGGUUGCCCUUCAAGUUGCCAGGGUUUGCCCACCACCUGGUGGGGAUGCACAGCCACCUGCACGCGCCCGACUGGCGUGCCCACAUGGCCUUGGGCGGCCGCCCGGCCGCCUUUCCCGCCGCCCCCUUCUUCACCCACCAUGCGGCGGCCUUUCCCACCGCCUCGGGCCUGCGUGGACUCAGUGCAGACAGCCAGCACCAGCAGCUGUCCACCGUCGGAGCGGCGCACAGCACCACCAGCCCGGAGGGAUCCCCCACCACCACCACCACGAGCGGCACGCAGCUGAGCGCCUUUGUCCAGCCGCCGAUGACGUCGUCGCCGCCGCCGAUCACCAGCUUGCAGAACGACAACAAUAAUAACAGCAGCCACAACAUCGAUGCGGGCUUUGAGAGCGACAGUAUUUCGGUGACGGGAUCGCCGCGGAAGAGCUUGGGCUCACCCCUGACCCACGACGAGGAGGAGGCGGAAGCGGAGGCGGAGGGCGAGGGCGAGGCGGAUGAGGCGGAGGUGGGCGGCCUGAGUCUCAAUCUGAGUAAUGGCGGCAUCCAAGGCUCCCUGGGUGAGAGUUCGCCCGGCACCGGUGGCGCCUUCACUGCGCUCAUCCAACGCAGUGGUAAAAAUCCCACGGACCUCUUUGGAGGAUUUGCCGCCGGAGCAGGAGCAGGGGGAGGAGGAGGAGGAGCAGGAGGCGGGGCAGGAGGAGCAGGUGGCAACCACUUCGCACCCAGCGGCCACAGCUUCAAUCCCGCCCUGGCCGCCCAGCUCUUUCUGCAGAGUCCCCUCCUGCCGCAGUCGAGCCAGUGGCUGUACACCCAGCUAUAUGGCAGCUACAGCGAUCUCCCGUGGCUGAGGAACGCGGCAGCGGCGGCGGCGGCGUCCAACAUCAAUCCCGGCCAGGAGAUGCCGCCCCUCGGCAGCAGCGGCAGCACCACUGGCAAUCCCGAUCACGACGGCGUCAAUCUGAUCAAGCGCUGUGUGACCCUGAUAACCCACAAUCCGCCGGAUGCGGAGAACGCCAAUCCGAAUGCCUCGCCGCCGGUCAGCUCGACGCGGCGAUCCCCGUCGCCGGUGGAGACCAUUGAUCUGGACGACGUCAGCACCACCUCGCGCUCGGCCAGCGGGUCAAGUGGUCACGGGGGCGGCGGCGGUGGCCCCAUCAGGACGCGAACCCCAAAACCAUCGGCGGAUGUCUGGCGCCCCUACUAG